AAUAAAAGGGAUUGAGCGAGAGUUUUUAGAGAGUCCACGUAGGACAGAAUAAUUAGCCAAUCAGAGACUCUUUUUUUGACACGUCAUUAUGACUGCUUUCGUAUGGGCUUAAUUGUUCAGAUUUCGUAUGGGCUCUAUUGUUUUGUAUGGGCUUCAUUGUUCAGAUUAUCAUGCAGCCCAUCUUAUAAUGCCCAUAAAUCUGAUCUCUCUUCCAACGUUGAGAGCUUUCUUCCGACUCUUCCACCUCCGACUUUUCCACUUCAUCUUCUCCAACGCCUGCCUUUUUUCCCACUACGUUCUCAAUCAAUUACACUGUUAAAGAUGAUCUUCAAUGUUGUGAUUCAUCUUCCCUUUACUUCUCUUAUAUAUAGUUCUAUCCCUAAACCUAAUUGUACCCUAAAUAAAAAAACCUACUCUGCAAAAAAAAAAUCUACGGCAAUGAAAUCCGCCGUAAAGUCUCAGCUUACCACCGGAAAAGCUCCCCUCGCCAUGUAUUUCAAUGACAUCUCUCGAGGACUAUCAGAGUCACAGCUCCGAUUUCGAGUAAUCCACUUUUGGGAGGCAAAAAAUAUAGCGAAUAGGACCCUCAUUGGGAUAGAGCUCCUGCUCAUCGACGAACAGGUAUAGGUUCUAAUCUUCAACUUUCAUUCCAUUCAUAAACCACCAUCCUUAACUUGAAUUAUUUCAACUCCUGCAGGGGACUGUGAUGCAAGGAUUUAUUUCCUCUUCUCGUGCUCCAACGUACCUGCCUCAUCUGAAAGCAGGAGCAACUUACACCCUUCAGAAUUUUUUGGCUGCCACAAGCAAGGAGAUUUACCGCGUCGCUGAUCAGAAUUUAACAAUUUCAUUCUCGAACGGCUCUGUUCUUGCUCCUCUCGACGACAUCCCCGUCUCCGUCUCUUUUCCAACCGACAGGUUCAGGUUCCACACACAUGAGGAUUUCCAAGCUCACCGUGGUCUCAGGGGCGAUCUCUACGAUGUCGUUGGCCACUUGAGGCUGGUGAAUGGUCAGUCUCUCAUUGACCGCCCCGUCCUUGACGAAGCCGAAGUAAUCAGCACGCGUCGUAUUUUGGUUCAUUUGCAAUCAAAAGAUGAACCUGUUAUGAAGCUCUACCUUUGGGACCAGGCUGCAAAGGACUUUUACAAGAAAUUCACAUCCAGUGAGGACACUCCCACCGUUCUUUUGGUCACGACCGUUAACCCAAAAGUUAUAGCAGGUAAUUUAGCUCUCAGUUCGAUGGCCUCCUCCCGUGUCUUUAUAGACAAAGAUAUUCAGCCCACGAUUGAUUACUUCAGCUGGUUGGGUUCUAACCCAGAGAUUGCAAAGCGGGUAAAUGCAGAUGAGGUUACUAGGUCUGAGACAAUGACAAUUGGGCAGAUCUAUGCUUACAUCAAGCAGGAAAAUGCCAAGGAAGCUUCUUUCGACUGCAUAGCCACAAUUGAUGAUGUUAAGCGUGACAGUGCAUGGUACUAUAUUGGCUGCAGCGGUUGUCAAACAAAGGCCACCAGAGGUCCUUCUUCGUUAAUGUGCGCCAAGUGCGGCAAAACUAAUGUGUCUGGUGUAGCAAAGUAUCUCGCAAAGAUCUCUGUCUAUGACAAAAAUGACCAGGCUGUUUUUGUCCUUCUUGGUGAUGCAGGAAGUGAGUUGACAGGAAAGAAUGCGGCAGAAUUGGUUAACAACUACUUUGAGGCUAAUCAAGACCUUGGUGCUGGCCAUCAGAUGCCUGUCCCCCAAGCAUUACUCGACACCAUUGGCCAAACACAUAAGUUCAGGGUCAAGGUGUCUAAGCUCAACUUGACAGGCAAGAUUCAGGCCAUAACCGUUACGAAGAUUGUCUCAUCAGAGGUUCUGCCACCUGUGCCAACUCCAACUGAAAUCCCACAUGAUGUGGAAGAUGAAGUUGCCUUGCCUUCUGCAAUUGUCAUUGAUGGCUCUGGAUUCAAAGCUGAUGAUGCGGACGGAAGUACCAGCAGCAUGGAUGAAUCACGCAAGGCUAAGCGUCCCAAACAUGGCAAAUAGAAAUUAUGCCACUCAUUUUAUACAUGCUAAGUGGUCGCCUUUUUUAUUUCAGUUUGAGUUAAGACUAUGCUUUUUUUUGGUUAUUUUAGACUUUGCGUCUACAGAACAACUUCGUUUUUUUUUUGGUAAUGCCUACUGUCCUUCAGAUGAGUCUAUACAAUUGAGGCAACACUCCUUCUCUGAUAAAUUAGAUACAUAACACGGACAUAUAUUGCCUUAGUAAUGUCAACACUAACGCAAUCAAAGUUUUAAAAUACAAUUCAAGUUUGAAUAAACUAAGCGAUAUAACAUUAAAGCAAUGUUAAAAAUAUAUCACCGACCAAAAAACAUUAAAGCAAUGUUACAAAUAUAUAUCGCCUACCAAAAAACAAUUUACGCUCACCUCCAAAUAAAAAAAUAGAAACAUAAUAUUUUACAAAUCGUAAUGUACCAUAAAUAUUCCACCAUUAGACGAACGUGAUUGACAGCAUAAAUUUUGCACCCAAACAUUAAGUCAAACCCAAUUGUUUUGAUAAAAUCUUCUUCCGAAAAAACAUAAAAAAUUAAUCAUACUAUGUGUUUUGCCCAUACUUGCGGGCUUAGUAAUUUUACAAAAACUUAUAAAUAGAUUGUAUAUUAUCAAUUCAAAAGCCAUUAGAAUAAAUUAUUUUAUUUUUAUUAUGUAAAAUAAACUUGAAAAAAUUUAUAUACACAUAAAAAGUAUAUAAGGAUUUGUAUGGAUUUUUAGAAUAUUGUUAUGUGAAAUAUUUUGGGAUGGCAUAAUCUAUAAUCUUUUUAGAUAAUGAUAGUUAUCAAAUUAAUGAAAAUCGUUUUUAUUUAUAGGUAAUUAUUUAUUAACAAAUAUAAUCUAAUUAUUUAUUAAGAGAUAAUUACUUUAAACGUUCUAAUUUUUAACGUGAGUGCGAAAAAAUCAUUUCCAAAAUAAUAGUAUAAAUAUUUUAGAAUUAUUCGCCAUUUUAUUUUCAAAAAUUAUCACAAUAAAUAAUUUUGAUAGUCCUAAGAAAUUUAUCAUAAAUGAUUGAUGAUUUAAUAUAUGUAUAUAUAUAUAUAUAUUAAAAUAGAACCAGUUUAAUAUUACUAAACCAAAUAUAAUAUAAAUAUAUAUAAUAUAUAUAAUAUUUAUAUUACUAAUUUAAAUAUAAUAUAAAUUCAAAUAUCGUAUUAUUGUUAAUUAUUUUUAAUUAUUCUAAAC